AAGAAGUCUGCUGCUUCUGUCAGGGACCAGGACUUCCCAGGGAAGGCCACCUGGGAUAGUGGGGAUAGCCACCCCCAGCUCCCUGAGAACUGGCUCAGCAGGUCUUAGGGUUGUUACGCAGGCCACCUGAACAGGAGAACCAGCAGCUGCACAGGCUCGAUUUUUUUCUAAUUCCCCUUCCGUCUUCCCCAGGGCCCCGCGGCUACCCUGGAGUUUACCACAUACGUUUGCCUCAAGUUGAUCCCGUCAGGACCGAAUAUCCCGUCUCCACACUUGUAUGCGUACGUUUCUCAGUUUCCCCAUAGGCUUUGCAGCUUCAGGGCUAGAGCAGCUUCCCCUGUCUCACAGCUCUCAGUCCCUCUCCUGCAGUCCAGGAUACUAGGGCACAGUGGGAAGUUGUGAUAGCAUCAGUGUUCUAAUACUAGAAAUCUUCACUUUCCAUUAAACAUUUCCAUGCCUGGAGCUGUUUUUCUGGGGUUACAGGAAAGUGGAAUUCCCUCACCUAGUCAGCACAGAGUAGUGCCUGUGCCACCUCAGCCCCACCUCCUCAUUACCCCUAGGUGGCCCCAAAUCCCCUCUGAAAGGGUACAGUUCAAGUAUCAGCAUGGCCACCUAUAAGGUUUGGGAUGGGGUGGAGAGGGUAUGGGAGGCUUAGAUCAAAUGUCCUGAGCGAAGCAAGACUGGAUUGUCCCCAACACAAAACAGCCUAGACUCCCAUUUUGGGCUAGACCAGCCCCAGGCAUGAACUAAGACUGUUCGAGCCCUUGGAUUAGUCACAGCAUUGAAACAGAGGAGAAAGUACACAGCACUGCGUUGUGCCUGGCAGGGCGUCUGGAGUUUCUGGUUUUGAAGCUCAGGAAGGCGUGAGACAGGGGAGGGGCCUCCAAGGAGGGGAGGGCAGGAAGCCGGAGCAGGGCCCUAGUCAGCUGUCAACACUGCGUAAACAGGCCAGCCAAACAGAAAGAAUACCGAGAGUCUCCUGAAGCUCAGGGCUGAGUGGACUCCAGCCUUAACCACCUGAGAUAGCACUCCUGCUCCAAAGACUAUAACUCCAUCUGUCAUCCUGGGACCUCUGCUUGUCCUGCAUCCCAGGGAUGGAGCUGCUACUAGGAGUGAAAAUAGGCUGUCUGUUUUCCCUGCUGUUGCUCACCCUGGUCUGUGGCCUUAUUCCCAUCUGCUUCAAAUGGUUCCAGAUUCAUGCAGCCACAGGUCGUCACCGCCGGGUCCUCAGCUUCCUGGGCUGUACUUCUGCGGGUGUUUUUCUGGGAGCUGGGCUCAUGCACAUGACCGCUGAAGCCCUGGAGGGAAUUGAAUCAGAGCUCCAGAGGUUCAUGGUACAGAACAGAACAGAAAAUGGGGGAAGUUCUUCUAAUGCUGCUGAUUCAGCUCAGGAGGAGUAUCCCUACGGAGAGCUCAUCAUCUCCCUGGGCUUCUUCCUGGUCUUCCUUCUGGAGUCGCUGGCAUUGCAGUGCUGCCCUGGGGCUACUGGACAAUCAGCAAUGCAGAAGGAGGAAUGGCGUGGGGCUCAUGGCCUUGAACUCCACAGCCAUGGACAUCUACCCUCACCCUCACGGGGUCCUCUUCGAGCCCUCAUCCUCUUGCUGUCACUGUCUUUUCACUCUGUGUUUGAGGGUCUAGCUGUGGGACUCCAGCCAACAGUGGCAGCUACCCUGCAGCUCUGUCUUGCUGUCCUGGCUCACAAGGGGCUCAUAGUGUUUGGUGUCGGACUGCGGCUGGUACAGGUAGGCACUGGACCACGAUGGACCAUGUUCUCCAUAAUGGCAUUAGCUCUCAUGUCCCCCCUGGGCCUCACUCUAGGGCUGGCUGUGGCUGGAGGGGACCCUGAAAAGGGGUGGGGCUUAGCCCAGGCAGUGUUAGAGGGAGUAGCAGCUGGCACCUUCCUGUAUGUCACCUUCCUAGAAAUUCUGCCCCGGGAAUUAGCUGCUCCUGAGGCCCCUCUGGCCAAGUGGGGCUGUGUAGCUGCUGGCUUCGCCUUCAUGGCCUUUAUUGCCUUGUGGGCAUGAGAGAUUCCUGACUUUCCUGAUGGACUUAUCUAGGAUGAUACCUCCUGAAUGGCUUUGGCCCUCAGCUAUUUCUCCAGUGAGACUAAGUGGCAUUCACUAGGCAUCAUCCUAAUAGACUACAUCCCAGCUUUUCCUUACAUGAGAUCCCAUUUCUCACCCAGGAUUGAGAAAGGGAUGUUUAGGUUGAGUGCCUAUAAGUCAGAGAAUAUAAUAUAUAAAGUCUGUCACUCCAGAUUUGACUCUUGUCCCAUUUAUGCCACUGUGGUAAUAAAAGGUCCAUUUUACCCUUCCCCUUCAGCCAUGCUGUACUUCACUUCUCCUGGUUGCCUACAAGCUGCCAGGUCCAGAGUGGGGUGUGGGAAGGGCAAGUAUUGGGUGUGGUAUUUUCUUCUGGAAUCAGGACCCCUAGCCAUUCUACCAUAGCUACAGGCCGUGCAUUGUUGAAAUUCCAACAACCCUCCCACCUUAGUCACAGGUGUUGAGAAACCAAGUCAGAGUUCCCAGCACUUAGAGUGAAAGUAGAUUUUAAAAAUAGGAAGCAUGAGAUUUAAAUCUUUUUCCUACACUAACUAUGCCCACUGCACUGUCAGUACCUAUUGUCACACCCCAACACACUCCCAAAGGCCCAACAGAAUCUCAAGAUCAGGCUAAAUGGAGGCUAUUUCCAUCUGGUUCCUAUUUUUCACACUGAGCCCUUUGUGGCCUCAGGGACAUUAGUGCUCUUCUCUGAGCCUCUGUCUCUUUCCAGCUGCCUCGUGCUGGGGGAUUAAGAAGCAGUGUGUUUGGAGAGGGAGAGAGGCGCCAGAUAAAUAAAUGCCAAGGGUGAUUAGUUGCCUCAAUCACAACUUUCUACCCGCCCUGCCCCAACCCUGCCACUGUGCCUCUGGCCUCUCCCCACUGCAGCACUUGUCUUUCAAUGUGAGUAACCCUUAAAAUGUGUUGGUUCUCUUAAGAACUGUUAAGGGUAAAUAUGACAGCAGAUUAUCUAGAAUUGAGGAGUAGGAUGACCGUUGCCUAGCCUCUGACCCAUGAGAUGGAGCAGUAUCUCAGACUUGGUGGGGAGACAGGAGAAGGAGAAAUUGUGCCCUGUGAACUCAUUCACCCUCACCAGUUUGCCCCUUCUAAUAUUGUCAGUGUGGAAGCCCAAGAUUCCUUAGCGUGGACAAGGUCUCCCGAGCUUCAUUCUUGUCUCAGCCUACAUCUCCCUUCCAUCCUGUUCCCCUCCCCACUAUGUAAGAGAUAAAGGUCUCCUCACAAGCCCAGCCUACACAGCCAGGGAUGAGUGAGAAGGUAAGUUUCAGGCCAAAAAAAAAAAAAAAGAGAAG